CUGAGCAUGCUCCCUAGCUCUGUGGUGAGCAGAAAGUAUCCAAGCAAGACUGCCAAGUUCUGAUCUCUCAGAUUCCAGCCUCCUCCCACCGGAAGCUGCCACCUGCCUGUCUCGCCCAGAUCCAGGAUAGCCUGCAGUCUGGGCAGCGACCACCAUGGACACGAAGGACACUGGCCUAGCCCUGAAGCUUGCUGUGGAGGCUGGGGACCUGCAGCAGGUCCGCCGGCUGUUGGAGAGCGGCGCCGAUGCCAACUUUCAAGAGCAGCAGAAUGGCUGGUCGCCCCUGCACAGCGCGGUGCAGCGUGACCGCGCCGAUCUGGUGAAGUUGCUGCUGGCCCACUGCGCCGAUCCGUGCCUCAGGAAGCACAAUGGGGCCACGGCCCUGAUCAUCGCAGGGAUAGAGGGCAACGUGCAGGUGCUGCAGCUCCUGCUGGACGCAGGCGCAGACGUCAACGAGCGCGACCUGCACGGCUUCACAGCGCUCAUGGAGGCUGCCGGGCGCGGGCACGUCGAGGCCCUGCGCUUCCUGCACUCUCGGGGCGCGCAGGUGAACAUGGCCCGGGACCCCCCAACCGAGCGGCAGGCGCUGCGCCAGGGUGGAGCCACGGCGCUCAUGGACGCAGCCGAAGGGGGCCACGUGGAGGCGGUGCGCGCGCUGCUGGAGAUGGGCGCGGAGGUGGCUGCACGCGACCUCAGGCUCCGCGGUGCCCUGGAGCACGCACUGUUGAAGGGCCCGGAGGAGCGCGCAGAGGACACGGUCCGCCUCCUGUUGCACCAUGGUGCGGACGUGAACGCGCGUGACGCCGAGGGCAAGACGCCCCUGAUCCUGGCAGUGGAGAAGCGGCGGCGCCUAGGGCUGGUGCGGCUGCUGCUGGAGCAAGGGCACGUAGACCUGGACAGCAAGGAUCAUGAGGGCAGGACGGCACUGCAGGUGGCUGUGGAGCUUGGCCUGGGCGAGGUGGCCCGGCUGCUGUGCCACAAGGGGGCCCGCGUGGAUUAUUGUGACCUGGUGGCCAACGCCAUAAAUAAUUAUGACAAUGACCUUGCCAGGUUCCUUCUCGGGCAAGGAGCUCCAGAGCCUGCGCCGCCCCCGACGCCCACCUGGAGACCUCGGAGCUUGCGCUGGGGCAGAGCCCUGAGCCGGCUGCACGGCUCAAACCGCAAGCUCAUUAACAAGCUCAAGAUCUGUCCCGACAAAGAGUACAAAAUCGCCGACACGCCGGGGGGCGGCGUCUACCUGGGGCUCCUCGAGGACCAGGAGGUGGCCGUGAAGGUCUUCGUUCAGGGCAGUGAAUGUGCCGGCAGGGAGCUGUCCGCCCUCAAGAGUGGCCAGGACAGCAGCCGCCUGGUGACCCUGCUUGCCUGCGAGAGCCACGAAGCCAACCUGUAUGUGUGUAUGACCCUGUGUGAGUGGACGCUGGAGGAGUUCCUGGAGCACCGACCUCAGCCUGCCCAAGGCGACGAGGACAAGUGGGCCCGCCAGGUCUUGCACUCCGUGUUUGAGGCAGUUCGAGAGCUGCACCUACAGCGUGCUCAUGCCCACCAGGACCUGCAGCCACAGAACAUUCUCAUAGAUGCUGCGCACGGCAUCCGCCUGGCUGACUUUGAUCAGAGCGUCCAGCUGGCUGAACCCGCCAAAGUCACACAGGCCGUCAGGACAGACCUGCAGGCCCUGGGCCGGCUGGUCGUGUACAUGCUGUUGAAGGGGGACGUUCCGUUUGAGCAGCUGAGUGCCAUGCAUCAUCGCAAGGUCUGGCGUCUCUGUCCUGAACGGGAGACCAGGGACCUCACGCGCUGCCUGCUGACCCCCCAGCAGGCUCAGGAGCACCCUCUGGGCAGCCUGUUGGGCCACCCCUUCUUCUGGGAGUGGCAGAGCCGCUACAGGACGCUCCGGAACGUGGGGAAUGAAUCUGACAUCAAAAGGUGCAAUCUCAGGGGUGCCAUCGUGCAGCUGCUGCGUCUGGAGCCCUCGGAGCGCAGCCUCAGCUUCACCCAGUGGACGAGCAAGGUGGACAGCUGCGUGCUGGGACAAAUGAACAACUUCUACAAGAACAAACCUCACCUGUGCUACACGGACAGCGUGCAGGACCUGCUGAGGUUCAUCCGCAACAUUGGGGAGCACAUUGACGAGGACUGCAACCGAGAGAUGAAGGCCCGGCUCGGGGACCCUGCUGUCUACUUCCUGCGCACAUUUCCAGACCUGCUGAUGCACGUGUACAAGCGGCUGCAGCACUCGGAAUUCCGGAGGCACUUCCCACAGCUCCCUCUGCCUGCGGGCCCCGGCGUGUUGGAGAUGGAGGUGCCAGGGGGCCAGGCGCUGGGGGCUGAUCCCUGACCUGAGCGGCGUGGGUUCAGCGAGCUGCUCAGGAGUUGGCAGGUGGCAACCCUUGGGGAUGGGUGGUGGUCUGUGACAGCAGCGAUGUCUGCCCAUAGCUCACGACCCAGGGCUCGCUUUCAGGGACACGUGGUGGGGAGGGCAGCGGCCAGGCAACUGGCCAGACGCAAGGCUCCCGCGGGGAUGGGGCUCCCAGGACA